AUGCCGGUCCUCGGUAUUGACAUUGGUGACGGCAACGCCACGGUUGCCACCAUCUCUAAGGGCGCUAUUGACGUCGUUCUUAACGAGGUGUCACAGCGAUACACUCCAGUAUGUGCGAGCUUUACACAGAAGAGGAGGCUCUUUGGCGACCAGGCCACGCCUCAGAUGAUCUCUAAUUAUCGUAAUUCAUGCCGAAACAUGAUGAGCCUACUAGGAAGAACCAUAGGUGGUCACCACGACCUCGCCGUGGACCCUAUGGACGAUUUUUUCAGCCCUAACGGCAUAUCCCAGUGCUCGAAUGGCUAUGUUGGAUAUAAUUGCGCUAUUACACCAGAACCUUACGAUGUCACGAAGGUACUCGCUGGAUACCUUGGCUUCCUGUCAUCGAUGGCGGAAAAGUACACCAUGCUACCUUGCAAAGAGGUGGUGCUAGCAUGCCCAGGGUGGUACACUGAUGUCCAGAAGGAGAUGCUUAGAAUCGCCGCAACAGCAGCAGGGCUCUCAUGUCUAAAUGUAAUUGACGAAUGCACCGCCAUGGCUCUUGACUACGGUGUAUACAGAGUGAAACAGCUCUCAGAUGAUAAACCAACUACUGUAGCGCUAGUCAUGGUAGGGCAUUCCCACGCAUCAGCUGCUGUUUGUGACUUCUACCAGAACCGUGUGGAGGUACUUUCUCAUGUAUCAAGACGUGAUAUAGGAGGCCGCAACCUAGACCACAUGCUAAUGGCCCACAUGGCAAAAGAAUUUGAAAAAUAUGGCUGCAACCCUCUGGAGAGUAGGAAAGUGCGUCUGAAGCUUGAGGCGGUAGCAAUUAAGACGAAACGCGUGUUAUCUGCGAACUCAGAGAGCGGUUACUCGGCAGAAUGCCUAAUGGAGGAGAACGACCUCCAUGGAAGCAUCACGCGUGAAGAGUUUGAGGCUAUGUGCAAGGAAGAAUUUUUGCCCAAUUUGACUGAAAUGCUCAUGGAAUGUGUGAAUUUGUCUGGUAAACCCGUUGGCGAGAUUUCUUGCGUGGAGAUUGCAGGUGGUGUAACCCGUAUCCCCUGUGUCCAGCAGACGAUCCACAGUAUCUUCGGUUUACAACUGUCGCGUACACUUAACUCGGACGAAUGUAUUGCCCGUGGGUGUGUACUUGAUGCAGCGAUGAGGAGCAUUAGCUAUCGCGUUAGGAAAUAUUUGGCCGUUGAGCGCCUUACCCGUCCGUUGACCUAUGCCUGCAUCCAAGGUGGUGACAUUUCGCAGCUACCAAGUGCUGAAACUGUUGAAGUAUUGCCGGCGAACAGUACCAAAGGUGCUCCCAUCGUCACUAAAAUGGCUAUUUCAGGGCCCAUGGUUAUCGUUGCCUCACGUGGUAACCCGAGAGAUACUAAUGAUCCACAUUUCCUGCAGGCCAUAGAGGUUGUUAAGCAAAUAUCACCUACAGAAGCUGAAGGUGUAGCUACCAUUUCUGCUUGUUUCGAUGAGAAUGGUGACUUUUGCUUCACUGGUGUCGAGGGUCACGAAUUCGUUGUUAUCCAGAAGAAGCCUGUUUUAGACGUUGAGGAAUAUGCUAAAUUUGAGGCAGAAGCGAGGUCUCAAGAUGCUAUUGAAAAUGAGAGAUUACAUACUUUGAACGAUUUUGAAACUUUGAUAUACAGUGUUAAGGAAAAAAUGCAAGGUUCACACCGUGAAUUUGUUGCACCAGAUAAUGUUGUCGCCAUGGACCAGGAGCUGAACAAAUGGAGUGAUUGGCUUUACGACAACUAUGAAGCUACCCUUGAUGUAUUAAAGGAAUCUUUGAAUAGUCUAUUGUCUCAUUGGUCUCCUGUCGAGCAUUUGUACAGGGUUCAUAAAGCCAAGCAAGACGAGCUUGGUAAUUUCCUAUCCAAUUUACGUGCUAAAUACAAUCUGUGUCGUGAAGAUUCUCCAAUGUGGUAUGGCGCUCCUGAGGAAGAUCGUCUUGAUUUUGCUCGAAGGAUAUUGGCGUUUGAAGAGAAAAUCCGCGUGCAGUUAGAAGAGGAGAAUUCUAUCCCGCGUCACGAGAAGCCUCUGUUCACUAUGGACCAGCUGAACACCGAAUUGCGUCAGAUAACAUCUGAUAUUGAUGAAUUCUGCCGUCGUAUGCGUGUUCAAAGUGAGCGUCGUAAGGAGGAGGAGAUGGCUGCUCAAGCUCAGUCAGAGCCCGCGGAACCCGCUGAGCCUGCGGAGCCUGAUGUGUCUGUGGAGGAGCCCGCCGAGGAAAUAUCGAUCUUUGUUUUUUCGCUGUGUUGCGCGUCGUCGCGCUUUUUCUACCGGGCGCAACGCUCCGACCUCCGGCGUAAGCCCUCGUUAUUGAGAGACUUAUAUGUACAGGGUGUGUUGAGAAAUGCAGUUCGAACGGUGUUUAUAUGCGGGUGUGUCACUGCCGGUGUCUACGCGUUGCACGAGGCUCGGCAGAUGCAGCAGAAAGCUAUUGUUCAAGAGGAACGUUAUGGCAAACCUCAGUUAGGAGGCCCCUUUACCCUUGUUGAUCAAACAGGGCGUGAACGUUCUUUGUCGGACUUCCGCGGGAAAUUGGUACUAAUAUACUUUGGUUUCGCCAACUGCCCAGACAUCUGUCCUGUUGAAAUGGAGAAACAAAAUAUGGUGACAGAGCUACUCGAAAAACGUUUUGGUCCAGUGUUGCAACCACUUUUCAUCACGGUGGACCCCAAACGUGAUAGUGUCGAGAAGUUGGCUUCAUAUGCAAAGGCAUACCAUCCGAGGCUCAUAGCGCUUACUGGCAACAAUGAUCGCAUUAGGGAUGUUGCUAAGAAGUUCAGGGUCUAUUACAACCAGGGUAUCACGGCAACCGAUGAAGACUACCUAAUAGAUCACUCAAUAAUCCAUUAUUUGCUUGAUGAGAAUGGUGAAUUUUUGGAAUUUUAUAGCAAAAAUGCAAGUGCUAAGGAAAUAGCUGACGAUAUCGCAAAAAUAGUGCAAAAAAGAAACAUAAAACCAUAA